AUGUCCAUCCCGUAUCUGAUACGCCAGGACUACCAGCCCACCACCCUCGACGACUGGGAGCGUUCCGACAAAUACCACAACUCCUUCCUCCUCCUCCCCGAUCCCGCAUUAGAAGCAGCCGCGAAACGAAACGACGAACAGGGGUUACCUGAGAUCGCCGUUUCCCCCGCUCAGGGAAAGUUUCUGAAUUUACUCGCACAGUCUAUUGGCGCGAAGAGGAUAUUGGAGGUUGGCACGCUGGGAGGGUAUUCCUCGAUUUGGUUGGCAAGAGCGCUCCCGCCCGACGGCACCCUCGUCACUCUAGAAAUCUCCGAGAAACAUGCUCAGGCAGCAAAAGAGAACGUAGCAGCAGCCGGCCUAGCCAACAAAGUCUCCGUCAUCCUAGGACCCGCCAUCGACUCACUCCGCGCGCUCCCGGAAGAACCGAAGUUCGAUCUGGUGUUCAUAGACGCGGAUAAACCGUCCAACACUGCGUAUUUCGUCGAAGCGAAGCGGCUGGUUAGGAAGGGCGGUGUCAUCAUCGUGGAUAAUGUGGUUCGCUACGCCCGAGUUGCUGAUCCCAGGUACACGGAUGGAAGCGUUGAGGGUGUACGAGACUUGUUGCGCGCACUCAAGGACGAUAAGGACGUUGAGGCCACGACCAUUGGAACGGCUGGGGAGAAGGGGUACGAUGGGUUCUUGUAUGCAGUCCGAAAAUGAAGUCCACUUCGGUAAUCACCGUUGCAAUUAGAUACCAGUCGAAAUCAUGAAGGUUGUAAAUGAUACAUAAUGGAAUUGAGUUUUGAACGAA